AUGAUCUCAUGUGGAGCAGUAGUCUACCGUCAGAAUCACCAGCAGAACGCAGUGUGCACUGCGCCUACUCCUCGAGGUGCGAAAUUAUACCCCAGAGAUCAGGACUGUACCGUCUCCGUGAUCAUCGUCUCCACGCCGGACGGUGGUCAAAUUCCAGCGCCAACUACCUGUGGCAAGCUGCGGGAGACCGGGAAUAAAGUGGCCAAAGCGAAUGCUGUUGCUGAUUAG